UUUCCGAAAGGAUCGAUAGUGGGGUAUAAUGUUUGUGUUUUGAUUGUGUAUUUUGCAUUUAUUGUUUCAUUUGUGUUUGUGUAAUGUAUUGUUAUUGUGCGAAUUCACUGGAUCAAAUGGAUAGACCUUUAAAACAAUCUUGGCACGCCAGAUAAACGUAUAAUCGAAGCCGUUUUUGUAUUAUGACGCAGCAUGAUGAAGUUAGCAGGUCUCGUAAGAGGCUUUUCGAUGCUCUCGGUAGCAAUGCGAGCAAGUAUCUGGUGCUUUUGCGAUUAUGGUUUCAAAUGAAGAAAAGCAAGGAAGAAUUUGAUCAGUCGGCUAGGAAGCUCUUAACGUCAGAUCAAGUGCACCUACACAAUGCAUUUAUUAUUACCUUGAUCACAAAAUGUCACCGCCUUUCUCCGCAUCCACCUUCUAUCUAUGAAAAUUCAGGCCGUGGCCGUGGAGGAAAGGGCCGCCGUCGCAACCGUGCUGAACGUGGUGGUUUUGAACCUGUGGACGUUUUUGACUACAUGCUUCCUAUGCAACAAAUACCGUCACAUGCGCAACAGGAUGCUGUUCGACUUCUGGCCCAGGAAAGGUUUCUGCCAGAUUUUCCAUUUAUGUAUAGUCGGACUAUGCUUGGUGCAUGGGAGCAUGGUCUUGAAGGGGCAGAGGAUGGUGCUGUAAAGCUUAUUAUGUCAGCAGUGUUGGCAUUGCUGCGCAACAUUAUAUUUGCAACGAUUUGUCGCAGAAAAUCCUUUCAUGUUCUUGACAGUCGUUCUCCAUAUGGUGUUAAUAAACCAUAUAUUAACAAAUGGCUCAGGAGGAAGCUGGAUAAACCUCUUAGGUGUAGUGUUUUAAGGGGAAAGCCUGAUGAAAAGGGAGCAUCAUGCAGCCGACUUAGAAUUCUUGGACCAACAUACGAAGAAAUGGAACAACGUUAUAUAUUUGAACUCGCAUGUUCAUCUCGGCAGCCUCCACCCAACAGGCCAAUAAGCUUAUAUGACCUACUUGAAACAGUGCAGGUGCAUCGAAAUGUGAUUCCAUCUGCAAGUGUAAUGUCUCUUCUGGAGGAGAGAAUUUUUGAUCGCCUAAUUCACCGGACUCAUGAGGAGAUGAGGGCUAAGCGUGUUCUUGAUAACUCAAUGUUUCUUUCAACUGAUCACCAUAAUUCCACAUUUAAAUCAAACAAUGAAAUGUGAGUGAAAAGGUUCAGUAGUACAAAUUAAAUCAAUUUCACAGGUGUUCAUAUCCACAUUUCUGCAGAAAACAUAAUAACGGAAUGUUACAUUGCUUGUAAAAAUUCAAGAAAACCAAUCAUAUUUAAGAACAUUUGCAGCAUAUUGCUAUAAGUAAAGUGUGAAUAUUCAGUUUUGUAAAUUACAAUUGUCUAACUGCUCCUGUUGUGAAACAAUAGCUACUUUCACAUAUUGAAAUCGUGGAGAUAAGAGAAUGAAGAUUUUGAAAGAGGGAAAUAUGAUUUGGUGUGAAGAGUGAAGGAAGAGAAGGAAGAAGUGACAAACAUAUGACAACCUGUUCCAGUUAAUUUUUCAAAAGAUGGGAACUGGAGAGGGAUGUUUAUAGGAUUGUAAUUAGGACAUUUACUCUUGAAGUUGGUGAAAAGAAAGACACAGAAACGUGAACUGCAGAGAUCAUAUUUGUACCUGGUAUACCUCUCAGCAUGAAGCUGGUUUGAUCCAUGAUAAAUUCCUUGUAAAUUCCUACACUGUAAUAACAGGUGUUCAGCUAGUCCUUUAUGUACAGUAUUAGGUAUAAUGAAAUGUCAUAUCUUUACCCUUUAAGUUGGUAGUUCCCAUGCCUGCACCUAGCCUAUUGGUGAUAGUUUACAUGAUCAGGUGGCACAGGAGUGCAGCAUUUUAUUUAAAUUAUUUCUUCAGUGUAGGAAUCGUGUAUUGAACAGUGAUGAAAUAUCCCGGAAUUCUUAACAGUAGACCCUUACUACAUUCAAGACAUAAAUGAUUACUUGAAAUAAACUUUGUUUGAUAGUCUUUGAAGUAAUCUUCAAAAUAAAGCCCACUAUCUGCAGUAUGUGCCCAUUACUUCCCAGUAGUUCUAUUAUGAGACAUAGCCUCAAAUUUUUCUUUGCAUCUUCCUUUGCCUUUUCAGUGCUCUAAUAAACAAUAAAUGCACUGUACACUUGAACAUUAAUGGCCUUCUCAAUAUUUUCACUACCACUUUUCUUUUCACGAGGAAAGUUUGUGGUUCCUGGUUUCUUCCUACUUCCUCACUUCCCGAUGAAGGUCUUAAUGGUGCAUCAGCACAAACAUACCUAAACUUAACUAAUGAAGUAGUGAUGCCCGUUGUCUACAGAUGGCAGAAGAAUGCAGUUUAACAUUAGAAACUGCAACUGGUGAGAAUGUGGUCUUAUUACCACAAGUGCAGAAGCUCAGAGAGCAAUAGUGAUUAACUCAGUUUCCUGGCUAGCGAGGUUAACUCAUAUAAUAAACGCUUAAGAAAAAACUUAUUUGAAGGAAUACUAAGCAUGCAUUAGGUGUAAGAACAAUAAUAAAUUUUUCAGUUCCAUUGAAGAGCUAUAAACUCAGAACUCUGGUUGUAUAUACAGUAGAGUGUAGAUUAAAAUCUCCAGAGCAGCACUUAGAACACUAUAGAGGGCUCCUAUUUCACAGACAGAUAAGUUUUAGUCUGAUUGAUGAUGCUGCAGGCAGAUAAGUUUCUGCACCAAGUCAUUGUAGUUUGCCAUUAAACUUGUAGUAUGAUUUGUGCAGCAUGUAUGCAGUAGGUGAUAAAUCUUCCAAAUACCCGGAUCUUAGUAAAAACAAUGUUCACAGAUCAGUGUGUUGCAUAAAUAAUUACACCAUAAAUAUAUAGUUUAUUAUGUAAUGCAGUAUCAGUAUAUUUAAAUGAAUAAAAUGUAUCAUUGGGAGGUAUACAUUGAUAUCAUUCCAUGUAAGGUUUCAGAUUAUGCUCAGAAUUGUGGAAAUGGCACAAAUAAAAAAUGAAGUACAAAUGCAAAAAAAUGUUAUGAGAGAACAAUAAGGAAAUUUAUUAAGUAAGUAUAAUUUAGAAGGGACUGUAUGUUGUAAGAGACUGUAAUAACGAUAAGAUGAUGGCAUUUAAUGAAGUGCACUAUGCCACAGGUUGGAAAUGGGAACCAAGGAAACGACUAUGGUGUCGCAGCUGCUUUAUGUUGGUUAAGGUGGUGGUAGUUGCAAUGUUUACUAUUUCAGUAGUGAAAUACUUAAGAAUUAAAACAAAGCAAUAAAUUUGUUACGUAGCUAUGUGAAUGUGUAUAUGAGUACAUGACCAUUGUUCUUUGUAAUAUCUGAAGUGAUAUGAAUGGGGUAGGUCAUGUGAAAACAAUUAUAGACUGUUAAACUAAUUAUAGAUUAAAUAUACAAAAUUAUGCUAUAUAACUGAAAUUAAUAAUUGUUAUUAUUAAUCAUGAAACUCAGUAUGCAAAUGUAAGAUAUUACUGGUUUUUUUCCCUACAAAUAUAGAUAUUGAGUAGUAUUUUCCCUCACUUCAUAUAAGAAGGUGAAUGAGAGCAGUUUUAUUGCACAGAAAUGAUAGGGCCCAGAGUAUUUUUGGUUGCUUGAUUUAUUCACAAGAGGGAACCAAACAGCAAGGUCAUCAUCAAGUUGCAGCAAGAUGGAAACACAGGUAAACCAGGAACCCCUGAAUAAAGUUUGGAGGAAAAGAGUCUUUUAAGGUUUACAGCAUAGGAAAGUUGGCGAAAACACUAUGUGGGUAUAGACUUAUUAGAGAAGUGUAAGAGGGGAAGAUAGCAAUUUUAAGCCCUUCUACAUUUUUCCAUCUGCUGUUGCUUGGCGCAUAAAUUUUCUCUGUCCAUAGUAUCUGUAUUUUCAGUUUUAUUUCAUGGUUCUUAGCCAUCUUGCAAGCCUCAAAAGAGCUCUACUGCAAGGAAAUCAUAUGUAAUGAGUCACCAUUAAUCAUUUCUGUUUUAUGUACCUGCCUGCUGCUCAUCACUUUCUUUUGAAGCUGAGUAGUGGCUGAAUCUCUAACUCUUUGUUACCAUUCCAUUAUUGUACCAUCUGUCAUGUAAUACACAACUUCGGUACUCGUUUUAUUAUUUGUUAUUGUUUUUACCACCACAUUGCUAUAUAGAGAGUAAAAUAAGCUAAUCACCACAUCGCUAUAUAGAAAGUGAAAUAAGCUAAUCACCAAUGUUCUAAUUCUCUCUGGUGUAUCCAUCAGAAGUAAUAUUUCAUUCCAUGAGAUAGUGUUGAAUCAUGCAGUGCAGGCUUUCACAGACAGUAUUUACAUCCUUGGUGGAUUUUUAAUGAGCAUUAGUCCAGGCUCUUAAGAUAUGUUUCUGUGCCCGAUGUUGUAUCUGCAUAUACUGGAGACUUCAUCAAAAGCUAGGAAAACUGUAAUGGCUGCAAUAUUAUCUUCAGUGGAAAACGAGCCACUUUGUACAUCAUUUAUCUGUUCUUAAUUUACUAAAGAGAGAUGCCCACCUUGAAUACUGCUCUGACAAUUUAACUGUGGAAUUUUGAUCCACUUUUGUAGAAAAUCUGUAGAAUUGUGUAUACAGCUAUGUUAGACCAUGUUAGUGUUCUCAGAGUGGGCUUGCUUGAAAAAAAAUAUAAAAAAAUAAAGUGUUGACUGUCUGAUGAAGUCUGCAGCAUUAGUACAUGAAUGUUACAUGCAGGAACAUGUCUUCAAUCAUGGUCUGAUGUCCAUAUAAUACAAAUGAUCAAUGACAUAGUGUUGAAUUUUAUUCAGUCAUUGUAACAGAGAUUUAAUGACUGUGAUAAUAUCUUCAGUGGAAAACUAGAGCAACUUAUUUACAUUGUUUAUCUGUUCCUAUUUUCUGAAGAGAGGUGCCCACUUUAAAUACUGCUGGAUCAUGUUAGCUGUGGAAUUUUAAUCAAUUUUUUGUAGAACGUGUUGAAUUGUGUAUGCAGCUUUAAGCCCUAUGUUAUGCUUUUUAUGACUGCCAUUACAUGUUUUUAUUGAUUCUGUAAUGACAGUUGGUUAUGUUUAUAUUAAGUACUAUUUUGUCAGAUACACAGGAAUUAUUCUUUUAAAACUUUUGUUUAUUGCCUAAAAUGUAGACAUAGUUCCAUAAAACUAUGUUAUGGUUAUGUUUAUAUUAAGUACUAUUUUGUCAGAUACAUAGGAAUUAUUCUUUUAAAACUUUUGUUUAUUGCCUAAAAUGUAGACAUAGUUCCAUAAAACUAUGUUAUGGUUAUGUUUAUAUUAAGUACUAUUUUGUCAGAUACACAGGAAUUAUUCUUUUAAAACUUUUGUUUAUUGCCUAAAAUGUGGACAUAGUUCCAUAAAACUAUGUUAUGGUUAUGUUUAUAUUAAGUACUAUUUUGUCAGAUACACAGGAAUUAUUCUUUUAAAACUUUUGUUUAUUGCCUAAAAUGUGGACAUAGUUCCAUAAAACUUAAGAUGUGCACUUUCUAUUCAUAAUAGAUACUCUUGUUUGAUUUUGUCCUUAAAUGUAAUGAAACAUUAUUGAAAUAAGCUGCCCCUUAUUUAAUGGUGCAUAAAUUUCAUUUGCUUAUAUGGUUGUGAUCCUGUUUGUACACUUGAUGCAUAUUCUUUCAUCCACUUUAAAUGUAAACAAUGUAAAUGGAGAGCAGUGCUCAGAGUAAAUGGCAUUGUCUUUAUGUUCCAUCUUACCAUAAAUCACAGUACUUUGUGUUGUUAUUAUUAAAAUGUCCUCAUGAUUCUCUGAAGUAUUGCAGUUUGUAAUUUGGUUGAUUCCAUAUUUUCUAGGGUGUGGUCGGGAGGCUUACCACAUUUUGUUGAAUUGUAGAGGCAGUUAAGCACUGCAGGAAGAGAAUAAAAUUAACAACUUUUGGUUUUGUAUAAAUUUUUAACCAUAUCUGUUGUUAAUUUCAUACACCUUUAAUUGGGAGUAUAUAAUUUUACUGUUUUGUUUGUGUGAUUUGAGAAUGUUUAUACAAGUGUAGACCAGGAAGGGGUUGAUUUCUUUCUUGCUCCCACUCUGCAAGUAGCCUUCAGAUGCUAUUAGUAACUCUUUAUUGUAUGGUAUGUGCUCAUAGAAAUUGUCAUGUAUUAAAAUGUAAUGUUGUCUUGUAUACUUGGAUGGAAAAAAGUCUCUAUUUUCUGAUUAAGAAGAAUUUGCUGAAAUAUUCACAGAAUGCCGAAUGUAUGACUCAGAUCUCUUGAGUUCUUGUACUUUUUUUCCAAUACUGGGUGUUUCAAAAAUGACAUAAGGAAAUGGAGUAACUUCAGCAAAAUUUCUUAAAUUCAGUCAAAACUUUGACAUAAAGAAAUUUUUAUAUUCUGUAAGUCCUUAUUGUGGUCUUGAAAGAAAUUAUUAAUAAGACAGUCAGUGGACUUAAGCAUAUUUGUGUGCAUUUGUUAAACUUAAAACAUUGUAGAGUUAGUUAUUCAAAAUAUACAGAAGAGACAUGAAUUAAAA